GUAGCCAUUUUUGUGCCAAGUCAUAUUGAUUUUAGUUUACAUGGGACAACGUGAGAUAUUGUUUGCCCUUGCACUUGAGUUGUCGCACGUUAAUGGAUGAUGCGGUAUAGCCUCACAGCGUUUGCAUAGAAUUUGCAUAGGCGUUCUGGAAUGAAAGGCGGACUGUAGGGGAGGUCUCGGUAAUGGAAACGGUGGGAUUUGCUGGGAAAUGCAAGGGCAUGGGCAUCUUGACCUUUGCUCGUUGCUUCUCAUUCUCUAAGGCCCAGCACACAUUGGCCGCCAUUGCUGAUUCCGUGCACAUUCCUUCCCCAGCUGUCUCACUUAACUCUUCACCAGACGAACAAGGAUAUGCUGACACCCCUGAAUGGAAGAUGUUCAAGUCAAAAGAUCUUGGGCUUUCAACUUCAAUGAUAAACAAACCAGCACUAACUGUUUUGAAGGGCCUCCAAAAGACAGGAUAUGAAGCUUAUCUUGUGGGUGGCUGCGUAAGGGAUCUUGUUUUAAAAAGGACACCAAAAGACUUUGAUGUAUUAACUACUGCUGAUCUCCAAGAGAUUAGGAGAAAUUUCUCAAGAUGCAACAUUAUUGGAAGACGAUUUCCAAUUUGCCAUGUUCAUGUUAGGGAGACUAUUGUUGAGGUUUCAAGCUUUAAAACAUCUGAAAGAAAGGGGAAAAAUGAUUUUGUGGAAAAAAAACAGAAACCUACAAGUUGUAAUGAUCGUGACUAUGCUCGUUGGAGGAAUUGUAUGAGGCGUGACUUCACUAUAAAUGGGUUGAUGUAUGACCCAUAUGAAAAUGUGGUUUAUGAUUAUAUUGGUGGGUUAGAAGAUUUGAAAGCUGGUAAGGUGCGGACAGUAAUUCCUGCACACUCCUCAUUUGCAGAGGACUGUGCACGCAUAUUGCGUGGAAUCAGAAUUGCAGCUCGUCUUAACUUCAAGUUUAGUAGAGAUACAGCCUGUGCCAUAAAAGACCAUUCACAUUAUAUCCUGCGGCUUGAUAAGGGACGGAUAAUGAUGGAAAUGAACUAUAUGCUGGCAUUUGGCACUGGAGAAGCUUCUCUUCGUUUGCUCUGGAGAUUUGGACUUCUUGAAAUUCUUCUACCUAUGCAAGCAGCAUAUCUUGUUUCUCAAGGUUUCCGAAGGCGUGACAAACGUUCAAAUAUGCUUUUGGUUUUGUUCACAAAAUUGGAUGAAUUACUUGCUCCUGAUCGGCCAUGCCACUGUAGCUUAUGGGUGAGUUUAUUAGCAUUUCAUUUGGCAUUGGCGGGUGAACCUCAGGAUGCCCUUGUCAUUACAGCAUUUGCUCUUUCGGUUCGCAAUGGUGGAAAUUUGAAGAAAGCAAUGGAUAAAUCAAGGAAGAUUUAUAAAAAAUCUAAGAGCUUUUCUCCCGAAGUGCUUGAUGUGGUGGAAAGUGAGAGUAAUGAAAAAGUGAUGAAUAAGAUUCUGGAUCUAGCAGGGGAAGUAAAGUCAACCUUAAGUGCAAUGACGGAUGCAGAUGCAGUCUCUCAGGCUAUGUCAAAGUAUUAUCCUCAGGCACCGUUCUCUGAUUUGGUUUUCAUAACAAUUCCAACAUUUUCGAGGGUACGGAGCAUCUUUGCUUGUGUUGGAGGCCAUCGUGAGGAGAGGGUGCGCUCCAAGGAAGACGUUGAGAUAAAUUAUCGGUCAUUGGUAGAUGGUGAACUAAAAGAGCUCCGAUUCGUUUUUGCAAAGAUUGUUAUAGAUUCCCUGUAUGUUACUCACUUUGAUAAGAAAUCAGAUACAGAUCCAUCCUAAAAUAUAUUAUGCCACAACUGUGCAGUUCAUAAAAAUCUCCAUUAUUUCUUAUUUGGUUGA